AUGGCCCUCAGUUUCUUCAGUGGUGGCGGCAGUGCAAGUCACGCAAAGUACUUUGAUAUCCGUUUGGAUGAAGAUUAUAUUGUCUUUCGUGGAGGUGAACAGGAAGCUGCCAGCGCCCAUCUGAGUGGGAAACUCGUUCUCUGCUUGUCCGAACCCUUGUCCAUCAAGCAUAUCCGGCUGCAUUUGACUGGUAUCUCCCGCAUCUGCUGGCACCUGCCAUCGAGCUCUGCCGGAGGCGGCCGAAAAUCCUGGAGAGAGCGUGUAUUCUACGAGAAGACAUGGAGAUUCCGCGACGCGGGUAAAAGCAAGACGGAGGUCCUCCCGGCUGGCAACUAUGAAUACCCGUUCAACGUCAUUCUGGAGGGAUCCAUGCCCGAGAGUGUCGAGGGCUUGAGUGACACCUAUGUUACCUAUCGCUUCAAGGCUGAAAUAGGGCGCAAAUACGCCAAGGAUAUCAUUGGUCGAAAACCGCUACGGAUUAUUCGAACCCUGGAGCCCAGCGCCCUGGAGUUGUCGCACGCGAUGUCCGUGGAAAAUAUCUGGCCAAACAAAAUCGAAUACUCGAUUAGCACGCCUACUAAGGCCGUUAUCUUCGGGACUUCUAUUCGGGUAGAUUUCAAACUAAUCCCUUUGCUCAAGGGACUUGAAAUCGGCCAGAUUGUUUCCCAACUCAUUGAGACCCACGACCUUACCCUCAACCCUGAAGACCCCGACUCGAUUCGCAAUACAUAUAAAAAUACCCGGACCAUUAUAAAUGAUGAACAUACUCUCGACCAGGAGAACGGCCUGGAAAUCAUAGACGAAGAAGCGGAAGGAUAUCAAUUCUCGCGGUUAUUGGAUCUACCCAAGACCUUGACACGAUGCCUGCAGGACACAGAUACAAGGGGAAUCAAAAUCAGACACAAACUGAAGUUCCGAGUUCAACUGCUUAACCCUGAUGGUCAUAUUAGCGAGCUCCGUGCGACACUGCCAGUUUCCAUCUUUAUUUCCCCGAACCUCGCGAUUGAUGAGAAUAACAAUCUCAUCGACCAGACCCCUCAGUCCACCCAGAGAGCCGCCGACGAGUUCGCCCAUCAAGCUCCUCCGUUGUACGGGGAACACCAGUUCGAUCAAUUGUACAGCGAACUUGAUCCAUCUGGAUACCGCACCCCGGGCCCUGGAAGUGGCCCUGGCACCCCAUUCGGCACCCUAAGUCGCAAUCUCUCCGCCGAAAACCUAGCUUCCAUGAACGCCUUGACCAACACUGAUAUCUCGGCCUCCGCUCUACAUAGCCGUCUAUCGAGUCUCCACGCCAACGGACAUAGUUUUCUCUCCUCUUCCUUGGAGAGUGAGGGCCUGAUAGUGCCCGUCGACUUACACGGUCCUCCUUCGGGCUCCAAUACCCACAGUCCCGCAAGCCCUGAAAUUUCCCGACGAACCUCGGACGAAGUCGACCACGACCACGACCCUGUCCCAUCGGGAAUGGCAACGCCUUUUGUUCCCCAGUAUCUCGAGCUGGAGAGUCUGAGCCGUGUUCCGAGCUAUUCGACUGCCGUCCGCAGUUCUGUCCGCCCACACGACAGUGGAUUGCCCGACUAUCAAGCGGUGAUUGCAGAGAAUGUCCAAAUCUCCGCCCCCCAGUCUCCACAGCAGGCGUAUAUCCGCAGUGUUGGCCGUAUGGACUCUUACUUUUCCCCGAUCGAUGUACUUCCCUCUCGGCCCAGUUUUCUUCAUUCUCGCCCUUCCGGCCAAAGUGUUGACGAGGAGCGCAGGCUUCGUCUAGUCCAAAACCGCGCUAGGGUUUAA